AGUUCUGAUUAGAACGCGUUCGGGUGCGGUUCAGUAGCGGUUCGCAGGCGGUUUUCGGGCGUCGAUUGUCGGACGCGAUUUUCGCGCUUUUCCUGGCCUUACGCGGGCUCUGUGUGUGUGCUCUGGUGUGAAUGUGAAAUUAUUAAACAACAUGUGCCAUUGGGCAAUGUCUCAAAUAUAUACAAAUAUAAAUUGAUAUAAAUGAUUGCAAAAUAGGCGACACGAAGGAGUGAAAUCUUUGAAAUAGAACCGUUUUUUUCCUGAUUUCCGCACCACAAGAAAGGAAGCAAGGAAGUCGGGUGGCAACAAGUGCUCCACCCACCAAGGACCCAGACACUCCGGAGUCCUUCGUCCUGGGUAGGGCAAUCUGAACACACAGCUGUAGGCUGUGGAUUUCACACCUCCCAUCCCUUCCCCAGACCCGAAGGAUUCCGCCAUGGUAAAACAUAAUGCGGAAACUGCGAAAACGGAAAACGGUACAAGUGCAACGAAUCUGAUUGUGAAAAGCGACGGAAAUGCAUCUCAGCCGAGGACCAUGACGACCACUUCCUCCUCCUCGGCGGCCAAAAUGGCGGAGGCCCUGUCAGCCUCCUUGGCGGAUUUGAGCGAAGGGGAGAACGGAACGACGGCCGAGGAUAUCCACCUGAAUGAUUUGUACACACGCUACCGCCAACGGCUGCGAAAAUCGCUAUUCAGAUCCGGCCUGCUGACAUCAUUGCUGGCAUGUGUGGUGUCCAUAAUAAUCGGCAUCGUUUAUGACCAGCACCUGGGGCGGACUCUCUUGCUCGUCCUGGCGGCUCUAAUCUCCGGCUCCAUACUCACGGCCCUGCAGUUUCCGGCGGUGCUGAGCUCCCCGGCUGCCGCCUUGGCCUUCGCCAUCGUCACCACCUUCUCGCUGGGCACCAUUGCGGCCAUCACCGGGGAUGAACUGGCUCCCCUGCCGCUGUACGCACUGUUCCUGUGCAUCCACUCCAUGCUGCCCAUAUCCUGGCCCGUCUCUGUGGUCCUGGCGCUUUUUAUGACCGCCAUCCAUAUCGUUUACCGGAUCGGCACCAGCCCGGAAUAUUCGCCCAAUCUGCCAAUGCUCUUCGGAGAGAUUGUGAUGCUGGCCAGUGCAUCCAUUUCCGGACUCUAUUAUCGCAUAAUGUCAGAUGCGGCCCACAAUAGGACCGUGGACGGAACCCGGACGGGAAUCGAGCAGCGCGUAAAACUGGAAUGCGAACGGGAACAGCAGGAGCAACUGCUGCUCAGCGUGAUUCCGGCGUAUAUUGCCGCCGAGGUCAAACGGAGCAUUAUGCUGAAGAUGGCCGAUGCUUGCCAGCGGGCUGGGGGCCAAGCCUCCACCUCCGCCACUCGAUUCCACGAGCUACACGUCCAACGGCAUACCAAUGUCACAAUCCUCUUCGCAGAUAUUGUCAACUUCACUCCAUUGUCCAGUUCUCUGACGGCCAGCGAUUUGGUGAAGACCCUCAAUGAUCUUUUCGGUCGAUUUGAUCAGAUAGCGCAGGAAAACCAAUGUCUGCGCAUUAAGAUUCUUGGGGACUGCUAUUACUGCGUAUCCGGCCUGCCCAUUUCCCGGCCCCAACAUGCAACCAACUGUGUCAACAUGGGCCUGCAGAUGAUCGAUGCCAUCAGACACGUGCGUGAGGCGACCGGCAUAAAUGUUGACAUGCGAAUUGGCAUCCACACUGGCAACGUUCUCUGCGGCGUCCUUGGCCUACGAAAGUGGCAAUUUGAUGUUUGGAGCGACGAUGUUACCCUGGCCAACCACAUGGAGAGCGGCGGUGUCGCUGGGCGGGUUCACAUCACGAAGCAAACCCUGGACUUCCUGGGCGACAAGUUCGAGGUGGAGCAGGGCGAGGGCGGUAAUCGAGACGCUUAUCUGGCGGAUCACAAGAUUGAAACGUAUCUCAUUGUGCCGCCCAAGCCGGCGUACACGUACAGCGUGCCCCGGGUGGUGGAGUGCAUCGAACACAACGAUCCCAGUCCAACGACAGAGGAGGCCAAGGAGGUGGAAACACUAGUCACCGUCCCUGCCAUUGAAGGCAGCGAUGCUACUGACAACCUGCUGCCGACUACCAUCGAUCAGCGUCCUGUAAUUUCCCAGCCGGAAGAGAAGAUGUCCCCCACAUCGGUGAAUAGCCAGGAAACGACGCCCCUGCAUGCUCCCUUGGCCUCAGCCGCCUCGAUGUCCAUCAAGGAGAUGUCCGAGGAGGAGGAGGACGAAGCCGACGAGGCCACCGCCGUCACUGAGCCGUUAAUGGUCAAGGAUAAGGAAAAGGACUCAGCUAGUCAGGAGGCCAAGCCGAAUGGUGGCCAUCGUGGUAGUGGCGACUCUGCUGCAUCGGAAUCUGCCGCCAAGUCCACCGCCCUCUCCCUUCCAGCCGAAGAUCUGCUUAGCAUGAGUGGCAGCGAGAGCGGCAUCUCCAACUCGGGCACUCCGGCUCCUUCUUCGAAUCCUGCGAGUGUCACUCCCACCACUGCGGCGCCUCCGGGAGCGUCAUCGGCCAGUAACAGUUUGACAGUCGCCGAAGCACCUGAAAGAUCGCGCAGGAAGUUGUCCGUGCAAGGUCUGAUGUCCUUUGCCGACAGACGCCGCUCCUCCGGAGCCUUCAUCGAAGGACGCAAGCUGUCCAUUCACAGUGGCGAAAGUUUCCGCAGCCACGGGGGUCAUGUGACCCGCAAUCGUCCCUCAUCCAAGAUGACCAAAUAUGUCGAGUGCUGGGGAGCAGACCGACCCUUUGCCAAUAUUGCGGAAUCGAAACUGGUUAAGAACAUUGGACUGGCGAGCAUUGCCAUGAUUGAAUCAAAUUUACUGCCACCCGAGCGUAAAUGUUUCAAUUUUAAUUUCUUCGGGCCACCCACGGAGCUGAAACCUUUCACCAUGUGGUACCGCAACACGCCCCGGGAGGCCAUGUACCGGGCCCAGCCAGAUACCCACUUCCGGUUCGACCUGAUUUGCGCCUUCAUCCUCUUCCUCUCGCUGGCCAUCGUCCAGUUGAUUGUAAUCGAAUUGAACUUGGUUCUGCUUGGCUCGCUCCUGGCCAGCUUCGUGUCCUUGGCACUUUUCCUUUAUCUGAGCAACGUGUGCGUGCCGGAUGUGCACACCUCAACCACGGAGCGUAAUGGUCCGGGUCAGGUGGUGGCCAGUAGUCGCUACUUGAGACUGGCCAUGUUUAUUGUGGUCAACAUUCUCAUCUCGUCCUGUGCGGUGUUCAGUGUGAUCAACUACUCGGUGAUUCCGGGCGAUGUUCCCAAUGAACUUUCUAACGACACCUCCAUGGCCAGAAAUUCAUCGAAUGACUCAAUUAAUGCUACUUUCCUGGAGGACAUUAGGCCCCUGGAAGUCAAUCCUGCUUUACCCAUUGCCCCCGUGUUUCUGUAUUGUUGUGCCAUAAGUUUGGCGGCCAUUUCCGCCUUCCUUCGGUCUGGGUUUAUCCUCAAACUGAUUGCCAUGCUGGUGGCACUGAUAGGACAGGUCACAGUGCUCGGUUAUAGCGAUCUUUAUAUGCAAUACAAUAAGAGAUUCAUCGAAAAUGGAUUACCCCUGGAGAUCAAGGGCUUCCUGCUGCUUCUGGUCAUCAUUCUGGUGCUGCACACCCUGGACCGUCAGGGAGAGUAUGUGGCCCGCACGGACUUUCUGUGGAAGGCCAAGCUGAAGGUCGAACAGGAGGAGGUGGAAACGAUGCGCGGCAUCAACAAGAUUCUGUUGGAGAACAUCCUUCCCGCCCACGUGGCCACGCACUUCCUGCACCUGGAACGCUCCACGGAGCUCUACCACGAGAGCUACUCCUGCGUGGCGGUCAUGUUCGCCUCCAUUCCCAACUACAAGGAGUUCUACGAUGAGACGGAUGUCAACAAACAGGGCCUGGAGUGUUUGCGUCUCCUGAAUGAAAUUAUUUGUGAUUUCGACAAGUUGCUCUUGAAGCCAAAGUUCAGUGGAAUCGAAAAGAUAAAGACCAUAGCCAGUACGUAUAUGUGUGCUUCGGGUCUGAGGCCCGGCAAGGAGGAUGGAGCCACGUCACGUAGUUUUGCGGAUGAGAAGCGAACGGAGGAACACAACGUGGUCAUAUUGGUCGAGUUUGCGAUUGCUUUGAUGUCCAUAUUGGAUUCGAUUAAUCGGGAGUCGUUCCAGCGCUUCCGUCUCCGAAUCGGACUCAAUCAUGGUCCGGUGAUUGCCGGAGUGAUUGGCGCCCAGAAGCCCCAAUACGAUAUUUGGAGUAACACGGUUAAUGUGGCCUCCCGCAUGGACUCCUGCGGCGUAAUGGGACGCUUACAGACAACGGAAAACACUGCGAAAAUAUUGAUGGCCGCCGGAUACGAGUGCGAAUGCCGUGGCCUGACCUAUGUGAAGGGCAAAGGCAAUCUAGUCACCUACUUUGUAAAGACACCAUUUGAUGGAAAAUUGUAAAAUCAUCCACUCGCUGUUAAUAAUAUUUAAUGGAUAUUUAUGAAUCAUGUAGCGUAGCUUA